GACCUGUCAGUCACCAUGGGGGUGAAGGGCUUGUGGUCACUGCUGGAGGACUACAGCAAGACCAACAGUGAGAUCUACGAGGACAUCCACUUCAGGGACAGCAAGCUGGUGGUGGACGGCAGUAUCCUGGCCCACCUCCUCUACAAGAUGGCCAACCUGGACCAGAACCACGGCGGGGAGUACCUGGCCUUCCAGGCGGAGGUCCAGACAUUUUUCAAGACUCUGGACAAAUGUCAAAUUAAAGCAAAAGUUGUGAUUGACGGAGGCUCGGGCCCCAGCGACAUCAAACUAAACCACAGGAUGGACCGUCUAAGAACACGUGUCAAGAGGAUCCCUGACGCUCUGAAGGGUGGGAAAAGGGACUUCUAUGCCCUCUUUACCACGACAGUGUUCGAAGAGACGCUGAACGACAUGAAGGUGCCGAUGGCCAGGUGCUUCGGAGAGGCUGACGGCCAGCUGGCUGCCCUGGCCAGAGAGUGGUGCUGCCCGGUGCUGUCCAGAGACAGCGACUUCUACAUCUACGACCUUCCAGAGGGGGUUCUACCCCUGGAUCAAUUCCAGUGGGACUCCGUUAAACCAAGUGGGGCCAGGAGUUACAUCUCCUGCAAGCGAUACACCAUGUCCAAGUUCUGUGCCCUUUUCAACAUCGACCACCAGCUGCUGCCCGUCUUCGCCGCUUUGGCAGGGAACGACUAUGACAACCUCAGAGAUGUUGAGUGGGCCAGGUAUGUUCCAGCGGGAAGUCCUAAAGUGAGGUUCGGAGGCGACCGCCUGGUGGGCCUCCUGAGUUGGCUGGGAGCCAGGACAGACCGGACGACAGAAGACACCUUGACAGCAGCGAUGGCACUCACACACAACAUUAGCCAACAGGCGCGGACGGAAAUGCGGACGGAGGUGCAGAACGCCAUGCUAGAGUACCGACUCCCAAGCUCCUCUCUGCGUAGGUUUUUCAGUGAGGGAACUAUUCCGCCACUGCCUGCUGAGAUCUGGAGCUGGGUCCCUGAGUGGGUCCGUGCGUCCCUGGCCAGAGGAGACCUGGGGGCCAACAUACUGGACAAUGACAUACUUGUGCACAGGAGGAAGUUUCUGCGAAUCCAGGUGGAGUGCAGCAACCUGCAGAGCUCUAACCUCACCUCAUGGCCCAUCCGGCAGGUGAUGUACGGGCUGCUGCUGGGCCAGGGGGGGGGUGAGGUGGAGGAGGUGGACCGGGACGGUCUGGAGCUCGUCAGUGUCAAGGUGCGACCGCUGGUCCAAGGAGCCGCUCAGACGCUGAGGCUGGACUCUCCGCCCCAGGCAGACCGCGCUGUGAGGCUGCAGGUGUGUCUGGAGACGCUGGGCGUGGAGGAAGAGACGCUGGAAGGAGUUCCGGCUCACCUGCGCCUCCCAGUGGCUGUGACCUGCUACUGGCUGAGGAGGGCCAGCCCUGAGCCGACGCUCCUCAAAGCUCUGCUGAUGGUCAUGGUCCAAGGAGAACUGAACCGACGAACAGGAGGGACAACAGGCUGGCAGGGGGUCACCUGCCACAACCCUCAGCCUCUGGAUGGUGUCGUGGCUCACAGCUUCAACCAAUGGCAGGCCUGCCUGAAGGACGCCUCCCAGCUCAACCUGCUGCUCUCCAAGCCCCUCCCUGAACCCCACUACGCCUGGUUGUACCAGGGCAGGCUGGUGCACCGGCGGCAGAAGCAGCUCCAGGAGAGGGAGCCAGAGGUCAUCGUACAGGACGACCAGUUCAUCAGUCUGUACAGGAGGCUCCUGGGAGCAGUGACCCAGCCAGACCCCGGGGCCAACAGGAGGACUGGGGGGCCUGAGGCCCAGCUGAGGGCCAGCAUGGAGCACCUUCACCUCAACACCCAGGAGGAGGAGGAGGAGGAGGAGGAGGAGGAGGAGCUGGGCGGGGCUGCAGGCCUGGAUCAGGGCUCGGAUGGUUCUAGGGUGGAGGUUAAAAGCAGGAGGAGGAAGCAGUAGAGGGAGGGGUGGGAGUGAGCAGGGGGGGGCUGAUGGGGCACAGUGUUGGGGUAACGCGUUACAGUCAUAUAUUAUAUUAAGCAGCAACAGAGUUAAAAAACCUGUUCAUCAUAUCAUUUUGGAGUUGAGAACGGUAUAAAAUUAGAAUAAGAUGUUGCAUCACAAUAUUAAGCAUGUGGUCUUUUUCUAAGCAUGAAUCAUGAGUUGUGUUUGGGGCUUGGUUAAAAUAGUCGAUUUUCUGAUUAAUAUUGAUCUUAAUUUGAUCUGCUGAUCGUUCUUUCAAUACAACAAUACUAAACAGACAUACACAUGUAUGCAUAUGUAUAUGUAUAAAUAUAUAUAUAUAUAUAUAUAUAUAUAUAUAUAUAUAUAUAUAUACGCAGAUGAAUAUACAUACACCACACAUAUAUACAUAUACCACAUAUAUACAUAUAUAUAUAUUUACAUUUUAUUUGUACUAUUCACUUAUUUACUGCAAUUCAUGAUAUAAAUCAAUAAACUCAACAUGUCAGCAGCUUGU